UUUACAUGAAUCACUUGGAUCCUUUAAGGGAAAAAAAAGAGGAGGUCAAGCAUUAUAAAUACCCCUUAGAGAGGCUCAGCGUCAAUAACUGCUCGAUAGCCAUCAUGUUAUUUUGGCUGCUCCUGCCGCUGGCUAUUCACUCCUCUCUGGCUGGGCCUUUGCUUGCCCAGGAAAAAGACAAGCGGCUUUUAGCUGAGAAGUACCUUCGACGCUUUUAUGGCCUUCCAGCUGGUCUGCAAAGUCAGAAGAGGACAGGAGACUUUAAGUCCACGCUUAAGGAAAUGCAGAGUUUCUUCAAACUUGAGGUGACAGGUAGUCUGGAUGACAACACAUUAGACUUGAUGACUCAAGCAAGAUGCGGUGUCCCGGACAUCGGUGAAUACAAUCACUUCCCUCGGGAUCUCAAAUGGAAAAAUAACAUUGUGACUUUCAGGAUUUUGAAUUACACUCCAGAUUUGAAGAAGUCCGAUGUGGACCGAGCCAUCCGCACAGCGCUCAAUGUGUGGUCCGAUGUGACGCCAUUGACUUUUAAGAAGCAGUACUAUGGCACUGCUGACAUUAUGAUCAGCUUUGGGAGGAAAGAACAUGGCGACCAUAACCCUUUUGACGGUCCUAAUGGGCUGCUGGCUCACGCUUACCCGCCAGGCCAAGGCAUCGGUGGAGACACCCACUUCGACGAGGACGAGCACUGGAGCAAAGAUUCAUCAGCUUACAACCUGUACAUUGUAGCAGCGCAUGAGUUGGGCCAUGCCCUCGGUAUGGCGCACUCCUCGGACACGGGCGCACUCAUGUACCCGAUCUAUUCAUACGCAACAGGAUACCCGCUCGCUGAGGAUGAUGUUAAAGGCAUCCAGGCACUCUAUGGCCCCAACCCAGACCAUAAAAAAGUCAAGCCGAAGCCGGACGCCCCCCAAAAAUGUGACCCAGAUUUGAGUUUUGAUGCUGCGACAGAACUCCGAGGCGAAACCGUCAUUUUCAAAGACAAGUACUUCUGGCGCAUUCACCCCCAGAUGCCCGAACCCCAGCUCACACUGAUCAAGUCCACAUGGCCGUCCCUCCCCAACAAGGUGGAUGCAGCCUAUGAGAACCCAGAGAAGGACCAGGUUAUCAUUUUUAGCGGUAUCCGCAUGUGGGCUUUGAAUGGAUACAAUCUUGUGGAUGGUUAUCCAAAGUACAUACACAAACUGGGACUUCCCAAGAGUGUGAGGAAACUGGAUGCGGCUGUUUACAUCAAAGACACAGGGAAAACUCUGUUCUUUCAUGAUGAACAAUAUUGGAGUUAUGAUGAAGCAAGAGGCACCAUGGACAGUGGCUACCCGCGUUACAUAGAGAGAGAUUUUCCCGGAAUGGACGACGAGGUUGACGCUGCAGUUUAUCACUACGGAUUCUUGUAUUUCUUCCAUGACCAAAAGCAGUAUGAGUACAGUUACAGAGCAAGGAAGGUCCUGCGUAUCCUGAAAACCAACUUUAUCCUCGGCUGCUGAGAUUGCAAACGUGUCUUUAAGCACAUUCAUAAUGAAAUGAAAAUUCAUAGGAACGACACAGUAGCAAAAUUAAAAUGUUUAUUUACAACAGUGCUGGACACAAACGCUUAGAAAAUUCCCAUCCUUGUGAGUGAUGAUACUAUUUAUAUUUAUUCUUUUUUUUUUCUACAAGUUUUCCUCUCAAGUAUUUGUAGAUACUGUAGAACGAUAAUGUGAUACUUCAAAAAGGUUUAAACAGUCUCAUAUUUUUAACAAUUGGUGGUUUGUAUGUUUUUUAAAUGUAUUACAAAAGAAGGGAUUGAUAACUUAAAAGAAUGCCCAUUUCUAGUACUGUACUUGUCAUUUGAUUUUAGUGCUAUUUAUAAUGAUGAAUAAAAUAAAAUAAAAUUCUUCUCCCUCAAUUGGUACAUUACUUCACUGA